UGCAUAUUGCUAUUAAAAAAAAAAAAAAAGUAUCUUCAGGAGCAUUUGGAACCUCCUUUACAAAUCUUAAAAAAGAUAAUUGUUUUCAUAAUUUUAUUUCCUUUUUAUUUUUUUAAAUUAAUCAAGAUUCUUUCACCGGCUGAUCGAUGUCCAUCAGUCUGAAAGAAUCACUGCUAUAUCCUCAAAUUCCGUUGUACUCAAUAACAUAAAAAGCAGAAACGAAUAAUCUCAUUGUGUAUAAUACAUCCCCUAGUUAUUUAAUAAAGACUAAUCUGUACAAUUUAUGAAGCUAUAAAUUGCAUUUUCGUGGAUAAAUUAUGGAGAUUUAUCAGAAACGGUUGAAAAAUGUUUACAGUACGUUCGACGAAAGCAUCUAUACAAAAUCUAGCUCCCCACCAAAUUCAUUAGCGCUGCAAGUCUUCCAACAGCUGGAUGGAACCUCAAUUAGCAAGUAUCAACUACGACUAGUCAUCCAGGAAAUCCAAAAGUUAGAAAACAAGCAACAUGAUCCCCUCUAUUGGUCUAUCUUGGGUCGAUGUUCUGCAACUUUACAUAUCAUGCUGUUAAAAAAAUUAAUGAAUGAGACAACUGAACUAUCUGAUAAUAUGCAUUACUGGGAAACCGUGGACAAAAACUGGAUUUCACGCUUAUUUUAUUUAAUCCAAUCUUUUCCUAGUCGUUUAUGGAAAGCCUUCCGUCAAUCUGUGGGUUCGACACUUCGCUCCCCAAACUUCUCACAAGUGUUCCAAAAAAGCAAUUUUUUCCCAAAGGUAAGUGCCUCCGACAUCCAGUUUUAUGCACGUGAAGUAUUUAUAUCGAAAACAAAUGUUCUUUCGCUGAUACGCCAUGAAUAUCGAAGCAAUGCCAAGCAUUUGCGUACGUUACGAGAUGAAAAUGCAUCGAAAAUUGGUACCUUGAGUAGGGCUAUAAUGGAUGCACGGAAUCCUCAUGAGGAUUUGAAUCCUUCCAAUACUCCAAAACCUACAAAGUUAGAUAACCUUGUGACCGAAUGGAUCGAGCGCCUGCUAACACUUCUAAACAUUAGUCCUAAUAAAACUCGUGCAGAAGACCUCAUCGUUAUUUUUGAAACUAUUAUAAAACCAAGUGAACAGCAAUUACAAGCAAAACAAUAUUUUAGCCCUUCUACUUUUGAAAGAAGUUGGUUUAAAGUACUGACAGCUUUGUUGACGAGUUGGGUAACAGUUAGAUUAAUCACUAAAAACCAGCAUAGUUUAUCCGUUUGGAUAGACUAUUUAUAUUCUACACUGACUGAUUUUAUAAACAAUUGGGUCUAUAAGCCUGUUUUGGGCAUUUUAGAUACCAUAAGCAGUAAUCGUGCGGAUUCCCAGAUCGCAGUGAUUCAGACGCAAAGCUUGGAUAGUGAUAUGAAAAGUCUUCAGCGCAUGGUACUAGAUUUUGUGAGGGAUACUUCAACAUCUACCAUAGACCUGGAUCUCGUGAAGGCUCAAGUCCAGGAAGGAGACUUGACUCCAGUGCUACAGGCAUACGAACAUGACUUGAAAGCGCCAAUAAAAACGGCUAUUGCAGGGAAUUUGAUUCGUACCCUUUUGAUUCAGUUGCAAAAAACAAAGGUGGAUGUUGAGGUAGCACUGAGCGGCAUUGAUCGACUGUUGAAGAGUCAACAGCUCGUCUUUGCAACUGUAGGAAUUACGCCCAGUAUCAUCUUUUGCUAUGCUUUACUUAAACAAUUCCAAAAGAACUUUCUUAAAAAGAGCGUUUUGUCUUUGUCAGAACGUCGUCAACGGUUCCGCCAGUCAAUGCGGGAUGCAGAAAGAAUAUUGUUAUGUUCUGGACAGAAGAAAACCCUGGAUGACAAGAAAUAUGGACUACUUGUGUUUCAGGUCAACACAAUGGCUGAGCUAUCUAAAGAGUUGGCAAUUUCUAAACACAUGCAAGAAGACCUUCUUCAGGACUUGGAAGAUAUCCAGACAAAUGCUUAUGGUAUAUCAUCUCAACUCCGUGCUAUUGAUCGAAUUUAUAGAUUAUUUCAUCCUAGCAUUUAAAAUGAAUUUCUAGUGAAACAUGUUUUUAUAGGAUCUCAUUAUAGUAUGAACUGGAUCACAAAUCACAAAUUGUUUCUCCCAUCUUUCUUUACUAUCCUUUACCAAUAUAAUUGUUAAAUUGGAGGAAAGCUAAAAAAUGUAUGAGCAGGUUUUCUGGCUCGAGAAUCAAUAAAAUAUCAUAUAAAUACAAAUAUGAACGCGUUUGAAAUGAGCAUUGAGUUUAUUCAGAAAAAUGUUUAGGCAACCUCGAAAAUUGAAAUUAAAUACAUUUUUUUUUUCAAUCGAAGAUUAUGUAAUUCUAGGAAGACUAUGAUUAUGUUCACUGAUCCAUAUUUUAAUGAAAAAAAGCUAUCGACGUUAAUGAACCAUUCAACCAAGUUGAAUACGUCUCAAUAGAAAUAUACAAAAGUUUCUAUAAGGAAUGUAGAGAGGAAAUGUUAAUUCGUUUGAUAUAUGGUAUGUUUUCGAAGAUGAGAGUUUGAUACAAACAUACGACCCAACACGACUCCCACACGUACUCACUGUAGACACACUCAAGAUUGUAGACUUUUUCCUAAACCACAGCAAAGUAAAUU